AGCGACGUAACUAACCUCCCGAAGGAGUUCCCAUUGCUUUGAACCAUAAAGUGAGGUUAUGUUUCCCCCGUGCUCACAAUUCUCUGUAUUUCUGUUUAUCGUUGCCGAACUUGGCAGUUGCCUUUGUAUCUGAUCAUUAGUAAGCGAAUAAAAUCGUUAAAAAAUGCCGAAAAUACGGGUCGAGAAGAAGAGCCGAGUCCACGAGAAAAUUGCUAAACAAGAAUCCAAAAUUUGACGAUGGAAACUAUUGAAACUUGAGUGAGACUUGAAUAAUCCUGGAAGUUAAAUCCCCCCAUCUCAGGAUGAUGAUUCAACAGACUUAUUUUCCUCUCCUGUCUCCUAAUGUAUCAUGUUCAAUAAGGACUUUGGCCAGCACAUACUGAAGAAUCCCCUCAUAAUCCAGAGUAUGGUGGAAAAAGCAGCGCUGAGACCCACCGACGUCGUUCUGGAAAUCGGUCCUGGUACUGGUAACAUGACAGUGAACAUGCUGGAGAAAUGUAAAAAAGUCAUUGCCUGUGAGGUGGACACCCGGAUGGUGGCGGAGUUACAGAAGAGAGUUCAAGCAACUCCUCUCCAGUCAAAACUUCAGAUUGUUGUGGGGGAUGUCCUCAGGGCUGAUUUACCAUUUUUCGAUCUAUGUGUUGCUAAUGUUCCUUAUCAGAUAUCUUCACCUUUAGUAUUCAAACUUCUGCUUCAUCGUCCUCAGUUCAGAUGUGCAGUACUUAUGUUCCAAAGGGAAUUCGCCGAGAGAUUAGUCGCCAAACCUGGUGAUAAAUCCUACUGUCGGUUAAGCGUAAACACCCAGUUAUUAGCCAGAGUCGACAUGUUAUUAAAAGUUGGAAAGAAUAAUUUCCGACCGCCCCCUAAAGUGGAGUCAAAUGUCGUGAGAAUCGAGCCAAAGAUACCUCCACCUCCUAUCAAUUACCAGGAGUGGGACGGAUUGACGAGGAUAGCAUUUGGGAGAAAGAAUAAAACCCUUUCAGCUUCUUUCAAACAUACGACUGUCCUCUCGAUGCUGGAGAAAAAUUAUAAACUCCAUUGCAGCCUUAACAAUAAGACGAUUCCACAGGAUUUCGACAUCAAAUCAUUGAUCAUGGAAACCCUGGAGCUAGCGGAAAUGGGGGACAAGCGUGCCAGAACCAUGGACAUGGACGACUUCAUCAAACUUCUGCAUAGUUUUAAUUCCGCGGGCAUUCAUUUCUCGUGAAUCUACGUUGGAUUAAUUGUUUUUUAUUCUGCAAUAUUACCACUGAAUAAAUUUUAUUUAUUUUGCAAGA